AUGUUGAUAUGGCUUUGCUUCAUCGAUGAAUAUUGUCCGAAUGUGCAGUACAUCAUGAAAGUUGAUGAUGACGCUGUAGGCAAUAUAUUACAAAUGCUUAAUUUCCUGAACGAGCAUGUUAGAGCAGUAUACUUACUGGAAUCACAAAAGCAAAUCUUCUGUCGUGUCAUUUAUGAGCGACCAGUAUCACAAGAUAAGAAGUGGUAUGUAGCAAAGGGUCAAUUACCACCUAAAUAUUAUUCGAACUAUUGCGUAGGUAUGGCAAUUAUAUUCACCGGUGAUUUACCAAGCGUAUUGUUAUGA